UGAAAUCUUGGAGUUUAAAGCUGAUAGCUUCUCAAGAAAAAAAUGGACAUCAAGACGAAAGAAGCCAUGGCUUUUCUUUUUGCAUCUUUGGCAAUAUUGGCCUUUGCCAUCAGCUCAAAUGCCCAACCCCUUGUUCCGGCUUUGAUCACAUUUGGAGAUUCGGCUGUGGAUGUCGGAAAUAACAACUACCUUCCCACCCUUUUCAAAGCUAAUUAUCCACCUUAUGGAAGGGAUUUUAUUAACCACCAACCCACCGGAAGGUUCUGCAAUGGAAAGCUUGCUACUGAUAUUACAGCCAAUACUUUGGGGUUUACUACUUAUCCGCCAGCAUAUCUUAGCCCUCAGGCAUCGGGGAAGAACCUUCUCAUUGGAGCCAACUUUGCUUCUGCUGCAUCUGGAUAUGAUGACAAAACAGCCUACUUAAGCCAUGCUAUACCAUUGUCCCAGCAAUUGCAGUAUUUCAAAGAGUAUAGAAGCAAGCUAGAACAAGUAGCAGGCACCAGUCAAGCAGCAUCCAUCGCCGGGGGUGCACUAUAUAUUGUGGGUGCUGGUAGCAGUGACUUCUUACAAAAUUAUUACCUCAAUCCCUUGCUGAACAAAGUCUACACCCCCGAUCAGUAUUCUUCCUACCUUGUUGGCAUAUUCUCAAACUUCGUGAAGAAUUUGUAUGGGUUAGGAGCCAGGAGAAUUGGAGUGACUUCACUGCCGCCACUGGGGUGUCUUCCAGCAGCCAGAACUUUAUUUGGAUUUCACCAGCCUGGAUGCGUUGCUAAUAUCAACACCGAUGCCCAACAAUUCAAUAAGAAGAUCAACUCCGCCGCAGCCCAGCUCCAGAAACAGUUUCCAGACCUCAAGCUAGCCGUCUUCGACAUUUUCAAGCCCCUGUACGACGUGGUCAAAUCCCCUUCCAAUUAUGGUUUCAAUGAAGCAACCAGAGGUUGCUGCGGAACAGGGACAGUUGAGACAACGAUAUUCUUGUGCAAUCCGAAGUCACCAGGAACCUGUAGCAACGCAACCCAAUAUGUGUUUUGGGACAGCGUACAUCCAUCUCAGGCUGCAAAUCAGAUUCUUGCCGAUGGGUUGAUCGCUCAAGGCAUCAGCCUCAUAGGCUGAUGAAAUCCAAGUUUUCCACCUACGUUGAUUAUAUAUAUAUAUAUAUAUAUAUUUGCAUUUCAAAGAGGCAACAAGCUUGUAACAGUUUUUUUUUUUCCCUCCAUUUAUCUGUGUGUACAACAAAGGAUUCUGCUAUAUUUCAAUGUAUGCAUGUUGUUUUGUGCAGCUAUAAAAACAGUAGUCAUGGCAAAAACUUACAAAGAUAAA